CUAUUGAAUUGAAGCUCAUCUAUGGAUAGGGUUUCUAAAACGAAUUCCAAAACCAUUAAUUCUUAACAUUUUGUUCAAUAAUAAUUUGCAAGUCGUUCUGUGAAAAUUGGUUAAUCUCAUUAACUUUUAUCUUAGAGUGCAAGUUGUAUUUGAGAUUAUCACAAUUACCUCGUACCUUGAUCGUAAAACACCAGUUGAUGCUACUAAAAAGUAUUGAUUUGUGUUUUUGAUGCUAUGAGAUGAGUAAAUCUUAUCAAAUGCGUUUUAGUCACAUAUUUUCUGGUGCACAAUAAAAAAGUGAUACUUGUAUAAUCCGGAAUGAAUCUCGACAACUCGUCACGAGAAAACUCUGAAGCUUUGGAUUCCGUCGGUACGGUAAGCCCCAGGGAAAAAUAUCACACAAUGAGGGAAAAGAAAUUGUCCGCAGCAUCGAUCACUACGACUGAGGGUGCUCGUCCCAAAGUUGUUACUGUUAAACAUCCGGAGUCCAAUAAACCGAAACCUACAGCUAAGAAAAACAAACCAAUACAGGCUGAUCUUGACGUUAUUAAAGAAUUCAUUAGAUGCCGUGAAGAAGGUGUAAUACGAUUGGAUCUCAGCAAAUCAUCGAUUACUUCUCUUCCGCCAAAUGUUAGAGAUCUUACACAUUUAGUAGAGUUUUAUUUGUAUGGGAAUAAGCUGGUUGCACUUCCAUCAGAAUUUGGUUGUUUGUCCAAUCUACAAACACUCGCAUUAAAUGAAAACUCAUUAACAAGCCUACCAGAUUCUCUUGCUAACUUAAAAUCUUUAAAGGUUCUUGAUUUACGACAUAAUAAAUUAAAUGAUAUACCUGAAGUGGUUUAUAAAUUGACAUCUCUCACAACUUUAUAUCUACGGUUCAAUAGAAUCAGAGUUGUAGGAGAUGGGAUUGAAAACCUCACUAAUUUAACUAUGCUGAGUCUUCGAGAAAACAAGAUUAAGGAAUUGUCUGCAGGAAUUGGCAAAUUGAUAAACCUUGUAACAUUUGAUGUGUCGCACAACCACUUAGAGCAUCUGCCCCAAGAGAUUGGAAAUUGUCUAAAUUUGUCUACAUUAGACUUACAACAUAAUGACUUAUUGGAUAUUCCUGAAAGUAUUGGGAAUCUUACAGCAGUUACUAGAUUGGGACUUAGAUACAAUGGGCUUUCGACUAUCCCUGCCACUCUAAGCAAUUUGAAACAUAUGGAUGAAUUUAAUGUUGAAGGAAACUCAAUAUCUCAGCUGCCUGAAGGUCUCUUGGCUAGAUUGAGUGAACUCACCAGUAUAACUCUCUCCCGUAAUUCUUUCACCAGCUACCCUUCAGGUGGUCCUGCUCAAUUUACUAAUGUCUUUACUAUAAACCUAGAACAUAAUCAAAUUGAUAAAAUACCAUAUGGUAUAUUUUCAAGAGCUAAAAACUUAACAAAACUGAAUAUGAAGGAAAAUCUUUUGACUGCACUUCCUUUAGAUGUUGGGACUUGGUUAAAUAUGGUUGAACUUAAUUUGGGGACUAAUCAGCUUUCAAAACUACCUGAUGAUGUUCAAUGUCUGCAAAAUUUAGAAGUUCUGAUAUUGUCAAACAACCUGUUAAAAAGAAUACCACCUAGUAUUGGAAAUUUGAGGAAGCUACGAGUACUCGACUUGGAAGAGAAUAAGCUUGAAGUUCUCCCGAAUGAAAUAGGAUUCUUACAUGAAUUGCAAAAGUUGAUAGUGCAGUCAAACCAGUUAUCAACUUUGCCUCGCUCAAUAGGCCAUCUGACAAAUUUGACAUCUUUAAGCGUGGGAGAGAAUAACUUACAAUAUGUACCAGAAGAAAUAGGCACACUGGAGAAUUUGGAAUCUUUAUACUUGAAUGAUAAUCCUAAUUUAUGCAAUUUGCCAUUUGAGUUAGCUUUGUGUGUAAACUUGCAAAUAAUGAGCAUUGAGAAUUGUCCAUUGACUUCUAUUCCUUCAGAAGUAGUAAGUUCAGGACCAUCUUUGGUAAUCCAGUAUUUGAAAACCCAAGGGCCAUACAGAGCUAUGUGAUAUCAGGAUGAAGGUAUUGUGAGGAGCAGUGACUUCAAUUAAACCAACAUUGCUUAAAAAUGCAUUGCUUUGCAAGUGUACUCAUUUUGUUGUGAAAUAAAACUCAACAAUGUUUUGAAGUACUGUUUAAUUUUGUAGUCUAGAUUCAUAAAUGGAAAAUAUAUUGAUGUUAUAUUGGU